CAAACACGGACAUAGCCGGUAAUGGCCCGGCGCUGCCUACAAAAAAGACAGACAAGGAUAAUACUAUAACGUGCACAGAUCCUGUACCUUCCUAUUCCAGAAAACGUCCUCAAAAUCACGGAGAUAGUGAGCAACGCAUCCCGUCUGAGGCCUGUACUGGCCCUGUGUUCCCUGCUCCCAACACAGAGGUAGCUUCGUGUGACGUCAUUCCUACUACUACAACCAUAAACAACACAGAGGUAGUCUCGUGUGACGUCAUUCCUACUAGUACAACCACGAACAACACAGAGGUAGCCUCGUGUGACGUCAUUCCUACUAGUACAACCACGAACAACACAAAGGUAGCCUCGUGUGACGUCAUUCCUACUACUACAACCAUGAACAACACAGAGGUAGCCUCGUGUGACGUCAUUCCUACUAGUACAACCACGAACAACACAAAGGUAGCCUCGAGUGACGUCAUUCCAACUACUACACCCACGAACAACACAGAGGUAGCCUCGUGUGACGUCAUUCCUACUACUACAACCACGAACAACACAGAGGUAGCCUCGUGUGACGUCAUUCCUACUACUACAACCAUGAACAACACAGAUGUAGCCUCGUGUGACGUCAUUCCUACUACUACACCCACGAACAACUCGGGCGGCGACUGUGCAAGAACUAAAGUUUUCUCUAUCGAUCCGACAAAACGAAUGCUACGACAAAGCAAGCAACAAAAGAAGGAUGAGGAUGAGAUUUUCUCUCCGUUGUUCGAGCCUACGGGAGAAAAGCUGGGCCGUGGGAGCUUUGGCUCUGUCUCCACAUACAGAAACAAGGAAACAGGGAAGGAAUUCGCCGUCAAAGUCAUCAGGAACUGUUGGGAUAAAAAUAGAGUAAUAAAUCGUAGAGUAGUAAAUGAGAUCAAGACCUGUCAACGCUACAAGAACUCGGAAAACAUCCUGACUUUCGUGGAGUUCUAUUGGAUAGGAGAUACGUUUUUCCUGAUGUUCGAGAAAAUGGCAGGAGGAGAUCUAAGAGCUCUGUUGACGUCAACUCCGUAUCUGAGCGAGUCCCAGGUUUCACGAGUGACCAACGCCAUCGCCCGCGCUCUCCUCACACUUCACAAAGACGGAGUGGCGCAUAGAGACCUCAAGCCCAAGAACAUUCUCUGCCACAGCCCAGGACAAGUCACCCCACUGGUCCUGUGUGACUUUGGGGUAGCGAGUGAAUCCCCUUCUCGACGUCACCCCCCCAAAGGGGACAUAACCAAGCCUGCUCUGAAGUCAUCCGUUGGCUGCCCGCAAUACAUGGCACCAGAGAUCGCCGGUUUGCGGUUACCCGAGCCACAGAGAAGUAAAGCACCCUACGACACCCGCUGCGACAUGUGGAGUCUGGGAAUUCUCAUUUUUGAAAUGCUCUUCCGCCGUCUACCCUUUGUCGGCCACUGUGCACAGCACGUGCAAGUCUCGGUCCGCGGUUGUCGGGGCUGUAACGAAGACAUGUUCCCCAAGAUCUGCAGUGGGGAAUUUUCCAUCCCUAGACACACUCGUGAGUCCUUGUCUUACUAUGCCGGGGAUUUGAUCCGGCGCCUCCUGGUCGUUGACUCCCGAAACCGUUACUCAGCCGCCGAGGUCUUGAAACAUCCGUUUGUGACUGCACACAGGAACGAUGACGUCACUACUACAACCGACUGUCGGACAGUGUUGCCAUGACAAUUGUUGUCUGAGUAGUGAUGCGGACACAAGUUUGGCAGGAGUAUCCCCAGCUGCUUUUUACUGUUCUCGGACAAUACAUUUAUCUUUCUAAAAAGACGCACACUUCGGACUAUGUUACGACACCUUCACUCAUGUUGGUGUGUUUGUGUGUGUGUGUGUGUGUGUGUGUGUGUGUGUAUGUGUGUGUGUGUGUUUGUGUGCAUCUUAACUUAUGAUUGUGUGCCUGACAUGUGUGAUUGCUGAUUGUGUUGACGUGUGAAAGUUUUGCUUACUUUUCUUCUUGUUUUGAGUUUUAUGUUUCUUUUUAUAUUAUUAGUAUUUCUGGUUCUUUUCAACUUUUAUUAAUAAAAAUGUCUCUGGCUAGAAGCAAAUGGACAUGGUUGUUUUUUUAUUGCUGUUGUUGUUGUUGAUGGUGAUAUGAUAUGAUAAUGAUGGUAUUGUGUGUUCCUGGUGAAGGGCGAAAUGUUGAACCUUUAUAAAAUUUGGAAAUUC